UACGCCCAGAACCAUCGGAAAGGUUAGGUUAGCAGUGCUCGUCAAGUCAAGAACCCCCGCGAAACUAGCAAGUGAUAUCAAUCAACUGACACGGCUCAGGAUUGGUUUUAAUGUUUAACGAAGACCGGUGCCAAUCGAAACUGCUUAGAUAUUGUCGGUUCUAAGAAGACCAUUGACUUUCGUUUGAACCCAUCCCUUUACAGUCAAAUCCGUUGAAGAAAAAACUGUAAAACAAGUUUUUGGGAAACGAAUUUACUUCCCAGAAAAAAAGGCGAACAAUUUCGGGAGAUUUUUGCGCAAAUUAAGCGAGACGUUGCAACCGGUUUCUCUACAACUUGUACAGGUUUUUUCAAAAUGGAUUAUUAAAGCAACGAUGUUGGUCGCUUUCCUAGUCAUUGUCACUAUCUGGACCACAUCGUUGGCAACCGGUCAAUCCCCAAAGUCCCCACCACACAUAAUAUUCAUCCUAGCCGACGAUCUCGGUUGGAACGAUGUCGGCUUCCAUGGAUCGGCCCAGAUUCCAACGCCAAAUUUGGAUGCUCUAGCUUAUUCGGGAGUUAUCCUGAAUCGAUACUACGUCACACCGAUUUGUACUCCCUCGAGAUCUGCAUUGAUGACCGGCAAGUAUCCGAUCCACACGGGUAUGCAACAUGCCGUAUUGUAUGGAAUGGAACCGAGGGGGCUUCCUCUUACAGAAAAACUGUUGCCGGAAUACUUGAAGGAGUUGGGCUACCGAAACCACAUCGUGGGGAAAUGGCACCUUGGCCACUACACCCUCGAUUAUACCCCGCUGCGUAGGGGAUUCGAAAGUCACAUAGGGUUCUGGACCGGUCAUCAUCACAUGUUUGAUCACAGUGCGGUGGAAACGGAAACUUGGGGCUUGGAUAUGCGAAGAGGUUAUGACGUGGCCUAUGAUUUGCACGGUCAAUAUACCACCCAUGUGAUUCGAGAUGAAGCGGCUCAGGUCAUCGCUAAGCACAACGUUUCCGAGCCUUUAUUUCUGUACGUGGCUCAUGCCGCGGUUCAUUCGGCAAACCCUUAUGAUCUGCUACCAGCUCCGGAUGCAACUGUAGAUCGGUUGAGUAAUGUUACAAACUUUCAAAGGAGGAAAUUUGCCGCCAUGAUGUCGGAGCUUGAUGAAUCAGUUGGGGUGCUGGUGAACGCCUUGGAUAAUCGUGGGCUUCUCUCAAACUCCAUUAUUGUAUUCAGCACCGAUAACGGAGGACCAGCCGAGGGUUUCAAUAACAACGCCGCGUCCAACUGGCCCUUACGAGGAGUUAAGAACACUCUCUGGGAGGGUGGAGUAAGAGGCACAGGCUUCAUUUGGAGUCCAUUGAUAGAAAACAACCAGAGAGUGUCCAACCAAGUUCUACAUAUUAGUGAUUGGUUGCCAACACUGCUGGACGCAGCAGGAUUUGAUGUCAAUCUCUUGCCCAAAAACCUCGACGGAAUGAGUGUUUGGGACCAGCUCGUCAACGGAAACGAAACAAACCGUGAAGAAAUUCUCCACAACAUCGACGACAUCUGGGGGAGUGCAGCGAUCACCGUCAAAAACUGGAAACUACUCAAAGGUACCAACUACAAGGGUCAAUGGGACAGCUGGUAUGGUCCGCCGGGUGAUCGCGAUCCAAGCGUCUACAACCUGACCGCGAUUCAUAGCUGCCCAACUGCGAUAGCGCUAAGCAAAAUGAAAAUCCUCCCCUUAGAUAGUGAAAUACUAGAGCUUAGGACGCAAGCUUCGAUCAAUUGUGGCAAUAUCGUCGGGAACCAUUGUAAUCCUUUGGAAGAACCCUGCCUCUUCGAUGUGGAAAAAGAUCCAUGUGAGAUGGAAAACUUGGCCGAUCAGUUUCCGGAGGUUUUGGCGAUGAUGCUGGACCGGCUGGAGGCCUACAACGAGACGGCUGUGCCACCCGGAAAUAUGGCGUUGGAUUUGAAGGGUGAUCCCAAAUUUUGGGGCUAUACCUGGCACAAUUUUGGAGAUGAUGCUUGGAAAUAAAUUUAUAAA